GGCGUCCACCACCGCGCCAGGAAGCACUGGAGAUGGCCAACAGGCCAAGCCGAAGAUGCUAGGCCCUACGGGCUUCAUGGCGGGCGGCAUGGGCGGCGGCAUGAUGGCCAAGGCGGGCAUGGCGAAGGCCCAGAUGGGCGGCAUGGACGUCAAGGGCGGCAUGGCCAAGGCCCAGAUGGGCGGCGGCGGCGCCCCCGCCGUGAUCCCGCCGAAGACGCAGAUGGGCGGCCCCGGCUCGGCGGGGAGCGGCUUCUCCAGCAAGGCCUCGGGCAUGAUGGUCGCGCCGCCAGGCCUCAGCAAGAGCGCGGCACCGAGCAUCCCCGCCGCGGACGGCUCCGCCUUUGUCAGCAAGAGCAAGAGCAUGAGCAUGAUGGACCAGUCCGCGGCGGUGUCCAAGGCGAAGACUUCGGCGUUCGCGUUCCAGGCGCCGCCGCUCGUGCCCGCCGGCCUGCCCACGCCCGCCGGCGUGCCGCUGCCCGACGAGAAGGAGUACGUCGUGGAGAACACGCCGACCGCUCGGUUCGGGCUGGCAUGCAGCUUGAGCUACGUGCUCUCUGCCAGCUACCACCUGGCUGCGUUGGCCGGCGCUCCGCUCGGCGCGGCAGCUGGCCCGCAGAGAGAUGCGAUCGAUGCCGGCCUCGAUGCCCGGGCGGGAAGGUUGAUGCGGAAGCACGUGGCGAGCCACGACGACGCUGCUGGUGCCGACGAGGACCAGAUGACUGCGAUGGUUGGCCCUGACGGGCACAUAUCCUACCAUCUGGGAGAGGCCCACCACGAGCGGGGCGGCGCGGCUGCCCGCCCCGCGCCGCUCUUCGAGGAGGGGCCGGCCGAGCUCGGCGGCGCUGCGGGCCUCGGGCCGCGCACGAACGCGAGCCUGCUGCACGACCAGGCAAGGGCCAGGACCGCGCGGGGCCCUCCCGGGCCCCCAGGGCCGCGGGGCGCCACCGGGCCGCGCGGCCACACGGGGCCGCGCGGCCACACGGGGCCGCGCGGCGCCACGGGGCCGCGCGGCGCCACGGGCGCCCGCGGCGUCACGGCCCUCGGCGCGAGAGGCGUGCCCGGCGCCCGCGGCGCGCCUGGAGCCCCGGGGGCCACCGGCGCCCGGGGCGAUGCGGGCGCCAAGGGGGAGACUCCCAAGCCGAUCGACUGCGUGUGGGCCGAGUGGGUCACCAACCCGAUCUGCAGCGUGACCUGUGGCGCGAGGGGGACGCAGGCUCGGACGCGCGGCUUCAAGGUUUUGCCGCAGAACGGCGGCAAGAGCUGCGUGGGGCCCAUGGCCGAGACAACGAAGUGCAGCAAGGUGAGCAGGUGGAGUGCGCACGGCGGCUCGCUCGGGCCGCGCCCCGCCUGGUCGCUUGCCAGUGCGGGGCCGCUGUGCGUAGCGCUUCCAUGCCCCGAGGUGGGCGCAGAGGGCCCGGAGCUGCUGCCGGCGCGCAGGCGCUUGCAGGCCGCCUCCGAGGGCAUGGCCUACCGAAAUGCCGUGGACAAGUCCGUGGGCCUGGUGGACGUAUUCUCCCGUGGCUCGAAGAACCACCACAGGGGCCACUGCAUGCCAUGUCGCAGCAACGGGAGCGGCCUUCCGUGCCCACGCGGUGAGACGUGCGAUUGCUGCCAUUACUGCCACGGGCUGGACAAGUUCCUCGACAUGAAGCGUUUCACUGCCGUGACUACGAAGCGCAAGCGCUUUGGCGCAGAUGCUGAAUGGCCGACCGCAUCUGCUUCCGGUGAGGCGCCUCGGUCAACUCAGCAGGAGACGACGCAGCAGGAUGAGUGGUGCAACACCAGCUUGCCGGUCCUGUGCCUGCCAGGUGUGGGGUCUGCUCUCGGGCACCUCAGUCCCCAGCAGCUGGCGGCGAUGCUCAGCGAGGCGGCGCCGGACUACUACGAGGACUGUGAACUGGGCGAGACUGUGAAGGGCCGCGACGAGGGCGACGGGUGGCUGAAGGUGAGGCAUCCGUCGGGCAUCCUGUUCCUCCCCUUCAAGGCGCAGGGCAAGCUGGUGGUCUUCCAGAGAGAGGCGCCGGCGGCCGUGGCCAAGUCCAAGGGGGGGCCCCCGACGCAGGAGCACCCGGAUUACCGAGCAAGUACCGCGUAG